AUGGCGACGGACGCGAUCCCCGUUCCCAAACCGGGCGAGGGCGAGCCGGUUGUUUUUUUCGACAUCCAGAUCGGCGGUGAGCCCCUAGGACGCAUCAAGAUGCAUCUCUUCUCCAACACGGUGCCCAAGACGGCAGAGAAUUUCCGCCAAUUCUGCACGGGAGAGCAUAAAGGACCGGGCGCACAGCCGAUGGGUUAUAAAGGCAGCAAGUUUCACCGCGUGAUCAAGAACUUCAUGAUCCAAGGCGGCGACUUCCUACACUCAGACGGCACGGGCAGCACGAGCAUCUACAACAAUGCAGCUUUCGCGGACGAAUCCUUCACCAUCAAGCACACGCGGCCCGGGUUGUUGUCGAUGGCCAACUCGGGCCCAAACACCAACGGGUGCCAGUUCUUCAUCACCUGCGCCGCCACGCCCUGGCUCGACAACAAGCACGUCGUCUUCGGCCAGGUCGCGGACGAAGAUUCCCUAAAGGUCGUUCGCAUGAUUGAGAACACGAGGACCGCCGGGCCAGGCGGGCGGGGGCAGGGCGAGAGGCCCGUGUUAGAUGUCAGGAUCGUGCAGUGUGGCGAGAUGUAG